AUCAAUCAGAACUCCAUCAUGGGCUGCCCCCUCUUGUGGAACGUGUUUGCUGGCUUGAUCCUGGUUCUGCUGUCGAAAGGGUCCAGUGUGCACGGAGCGGAAUUCGGAUACCUGCCGGACAACAUUACAGUGUUGGAAGGAGAAAGCGUCACUUUGAGAUGCCGGAUCGACGAGGAGGUGACCCACAAGGCCUGGCUGAACCGCUCUAACAUCCUGUUCACGGGGACGGACAAGUGGUCGUUGGACAAGCGCGUGACGCUUGUCAACAGCAACAACAGCGACUUCUCCAUCCACAUCGACAAGGUGCAGGUAACCGACGAGGGGCCCUACACCUGCACCUUCCAGGCCAACAACAAGCCCCGCAUCGCCCACGUCUACCUCAUCGUCCAAGUGCCGGCCAGAAUCGUCAACAUCUCAAAAAAUGUGUCCGUGAACGAGGGGGAGAAUGUAAACCUGUACUGUCUGGCAGUGGGUCGGCCUGAGCCCACUGUCACCUGGAAAGACCAGAAAUAUGGGUUGGUGAGUGAGGGGGAAUUUCUAGACAUCACAGAGAUCAAGAGGCAACAGGCCGAGGACUAUGAAUGCAUCACCAACAACGGAGUGGCUCCGCCCGAUCAGCGCAAGGUCAAGGUCACAGUCAACUACCCUCCCAUGAUCACAGACAUGAAGAACAUGCCAGCCCAUUUGGGUAAGACAGCCAUCUUGCGCUGUGAAGCCAUGGCUGUCCCGCCGGCCUCCUUCGAGUGGUACAGAGACGAUCAUAGGCCGGUAGAGAGUGACAACACCCUGACGAUCAAAAACGAGAAGACGCGCUCGCUGUUGCUGUUCAGCAAUGUGACAGAGAAACACUUUGGCAACUACACCUGCUUUGCCUCAAACCGUCUGGGUGCUUCCAACGCCAGCAUGCUGCUGUUUCGACCGGGGGCCAUACAGGGGCGAGGGUCCGGUUUACACGCCGGGAUGAGUGUCGGCGUGUGUGUUUGGGUUUCCCUCUCUGCUGCUUUUCUGGUGAAGGUGUAA